UAAACAAAAAACAGCUGGAGUUAAAACACCCUAUGCAAAUUUUUCCUGGUGUGCAAGACGCAAAAAAAUGCAAAAAGGAAUUGUCAUUGCAAAGUGAAACAAGUUAUAAUCUUCUAAAACUGCAUACUAGAAUUGCAAGAGCAUGCAUAUAAUUCCAACCUACGAUAGUGAGAUUGUGAAUAUUAAAAAGAAUAAGUUAAAAACUGCUGGGAAAAGAAAAAUGCAUGCAAUAAUGGAUUAUUUAGAGCAAUGCUUUCAAAUAAUGACAGUGGUUGUAAUAGCCGAACUGAUUAGACGUUUUACCGCAUUAUCUUUGAGUAUAUGAAAUAUGCCAACCACUAUGAUGUCGAUAAUAAAUUACUGGCCAUAACGAAACGAUCGUUUAGCAUGAAUUUGGGCAGCUCUAUAGGUUUUAUAGUUUUUUUAUUUGUUGCCUUUGUCUGUGUUCUUAGUCGCGGCAGCCGACCUCCCGCAUACUUUUUUACAUUUAUGCCUCUGUAUUGGAUAUUUAUGGCCCUGGCUAUGGGUCAUUCGCAUUUAAGCUAUGCCGAUUGGAUAAGAGAGCCGCAUGGUUUAGAUUAUGCCGAGGGUAUGGCUUCAAAUUAUUUCCAUGGCUAUUUAAAACUAAUACUGCCCACCCAUGAUGGUGACACUGGUAUUAAGGAACGUAUGCAGUUAUAUGAGAAUAAGCAUAAAGUUAAAUUUGCAGUUAAACGUUUGUUUAUAUUAGUGCCCAAUACAAUGUUUAUUAAUUCCAAAAUUGAAAGUAAUAUUUUGCAAAAGGAUGGUGUAAUGCCCUUAGAAACUGUGGUCAGAAAUCGUGCCGGCGUAUCGAGACCCUAUAAAAAUGAUGUUUAUCGUUUUAAUAGAACUAUAGAUGGUACAUACUAUUAUGUCGCCAUGGAAGGUGCCACACCCAUGUUAUCAUUUUUCGAAGCUUUAAGUUUUCAACCGUCCACCACCUGGCAAAUGAAAGAAAUGAAACGAGAAAUACUCUUAAAAUUCUAUAAACAUUUAAAAUAUCUUUUAAAUAAAUGGCCCGAAACACAGGGAAAAGCAGAGGUGGUACUCUAUAACAGUUUUAAAGCUGAUGGACGUCCGCAAGAUGUGGGUGAUGUUUUAUUGAGUCAUAUUACCAAUAUGUGGCAUGAGGGAGAAUUCUAAAAUGUGCUUGUAAAGCUCUCUAUGUUGGAAUACCAACAACAAAAAGGAAAUUUUAAUUUAAUUGACUUAUUUAACAAAAUUUUGUUUCCAGUUAUCUUUAGUUUUUUUUUUUUAUUAAAUUAUUUAAUAAUUGUUAAGUGUUUAAAGUAUCGUUAUCCUUUUUGUAUAAUAUGACGCUAAGUGCCAAAAUCCUUUUGAAAAAUAUUUAAAAUUUAUUUAAUUUAAAUGCUCUCAAUAUACAAAUUAAUGUAUAGUUUUGUAAAAUAUGUACACAUUUUAAAACAUUCUUUUAAUAAAAUGUAUUCUAAUAAAACUGCGUCUAGGA